AUGACUCCCCCGAUGGAGAUGCGGCCAACGCUCGCCGUUGAGGAGGCUACCGAAAUGACGGCUUCUCAGCAAGUGCUAAAAAAUGGAUUUAAUCUCGUAGAAAGUACAGAGGCUGGCAUCCCUUCGACAAACGCUGAUAUCAUGGCCUCGCGGUUGUCGAGAGCGCAUCGUGACUUCCUCCUGGAGCAUCAUGGCACAUUAGAACUCGAUCCCAUCCCCAGCAUGGACCCCGCAGACCCUUACAACUGGCCAUCGUGGAAGAAAAUUACGAAUCUUGUUCUAGUGGCGUUCCAUGCGUGUAUGGGAACAUUUGCCGCUGCAGGUAUCAUUCCGGCCUACGAAACCAUUGCCCAAGAUUUCAACGUUUCCCUCCACCAAGUCACUUAUUUGACCUCCAUUCAAAUUGCUGUUUUGGGUGGCGCUCCCUUGUUCUGGAAGCCACUUUCGAAUAGAUAUGGCCGACGGCCGAUUUUCCUCCUCUCCUUAAUCUGUAGUUUAGUUUGCAACAUCGGCUGUGCAAAAGCCCCAGAUUAUGCAUCAACCGCAGCAUGCAGAGCCCUACAGGCUUUCUUCAUCUCUCCAGCUUCAGCUAUUGGGAGCGGUGUUGUGAUGGAAACUUUUUUUAAGAAGGACCGAGCGAGGUACAUGGGAGUUUGGACCCUGCUCGUGACUCUGGGGAUCCCAUGUGGUCCUUUUAUUUUCGGUUUUGUUACCUACCGCGCAGGAUACAGAUGGAUUUUCUGGAUCCUUACAAUUAUCAACGGAGUACAGUUCAUCCUGUAUUUCUUCUUUGGACCCGAGACACGUUAUAUUGGCACCAACGACGAUCCCAAGGAACCUGUCUGGAAGAGAGAGUAUCUCCAAAUUCGCCGGAUUGACCCCACGCCUCUUUCUUGGUAUGAGUUUAUUAAGCCUCUGGGAUUGUGUGCGCGUCCUUGUGUUAUGGUGCCAGCUGCCUCGUACGCAAUGAUCUUUUUGCUGUGUAAUGUCCUGGCCACUGUUGAAGUUCCCCAACUGCUGCAGGCCAGGUUUGGCCUGAAUGCAGAACAACUAGGCCUCCAAUUCCUGGGUCCCAUUAUCGGUUCUGUGAUCGGUGAGCAGCUAGGUGGCCAUUCGUCAGAUUUGUGGAUGAGCCACCGCGCAAAGCGAUCUCAACGCAAACCAGAGCCAGAGUACCGACUUUGGCUCAGUUACCUAGGUUAUGCCUGCGCCAUUGUCGGUAUCAUUGUCUUCCUCGUGUGCACCGCACAGUCCGCAGAGGGCAAGUGGAACGUAGCCCCCAUUAUUGGCAUCGCCAUCGCUGCCGCUGGUAACCAACUUGUGACCACGGUCCUCAUCACGUAUGCGGUGGACUGCCAUCCCGAGGAUGCCUCAAGCGUGGGUGUCUGCAUCACGUUCGUCCGCCAGAUCUGGGGUUUCCUCGGACCAUUCUGGUUCCCGGAUAUGUUUGAAAGCGUUGGAAUUGCUGCUAGUGCUGGUGUGUGUGUUGCGCUCAUGGUUGGUGUCAGUGUCAUCCCGACUAUUUUCCUUCAAUGGAAGGGACGGUCAUUUCGCCCGUUGCAGGAGUAG